AUGGCUGCGGGGGUACAAAGCCCGAGACACGGCCACGCAGCGCCGCUUUACACCGGGCUUUCAGACCCUCGAUUUGAUAAAGUCCCGCCGAAUUGUGUGCCUCCAUCCUUCGAGGGCGAGGUGUCCAACGACACCCGCCGUGCGCUGUGCGUUGUUGCGCCUUGUUGCCCAAAGAUCUUUGGCCGUCUUUCCGGAGCCUCCCCCGUAGGAAGCGCUCUCUGCAGUCCGCGCGAGUCUACGGCGACAGCUGCUCAGGAAAGCCUCGACGCGGAGGCGCCUAAGGCGCGUGACGGCAGCUCCAAAGCGUAUAGCGUGGGGGCGUGGCUGGAGACACACCAGCCCUUGCUGAGGGGCCGUCGUUCUAGAAAGCUCGAAAACGCGCGCAAGGGGGAAAAGCGGACCGAAAAGCAGCCAUGGGAGCAGCUGUUCCUCAUAGAAGAGGAGAAAUCCGAGGCGGGGCAGCCCCCUCCUGCCGGCAGCCUGCAGCAGCAGCAGCGAAGACUUACCUUUACGCAGUUUUGCGCGGCAACGCAAGCACUCCCCUUCUUAUGGCCUACCACUGCGAAUACAGGACAGGCGCCCUUAGGCAUACGCGUCGUACCUGGCGUCAUGGAUUGGGAGCAGUUUCUCUUCUUCCUGAACGCGUCCCCUCAGAACGGCUUGCUGGGCGCAGUAGACUGA